GAUGCCUUCACCUGAUGGCCAAGUUGUGCCACAACCCUGGGGUGUCACCAGUGAUGACUGCAAGACCUCAGUGGUGGGAGGAGGGAGAAAUACAAAGGAAUCCGUGGGUUGCCCUGCUGAUUUUGCCAAGAGGCUGCAAUGAUUUGGGUUUACAUGGGGACAAGGCUGCCACGAGGAGCAUGACCCCACUGCUGGCUGGCGUGACGUGGCCUUGUGCCAUCAGGCUCCUUGCCACAGGGCUAAUAUAUGAAUAUGAGGGUGUGAUCAGCUUGCUCCAUUAAAUACAUCCUCUUUCAUGGCUUGCUGGAAUAAGCUGAUUAUUGCAAGGAUCCCUUCAUCUGCAGCUCUCGCAUACUUUCUGUUUGCAUGCAGGUAGGUCAGCCAGCACUCUGGCCGACGCGCUCGUCGUGCUGCAGUGUUUGCAUGCUGCUCCACCUGCAUGCUCAGACAGCUGCAAACAAGGUCACCCAUCACCAGGGCUGAGCGUCUCCAUCCCUGUGUGGGGUAUGCUGUGUUCCUGUGAGCAGGAUGCCUCACUUGAACAGCAGCCAGCACUGCCUGCCAGCACUGCACUAAAAAAGCAAAAUGCCCAACUGCUUGGCUUAUAUGGCAGUGAUUUGGGAGGUGGAGGACCUGAGAUCCUGAUCUGGGACAGGCUCAGAGCAGACAGGCACAUGCAGUAGAGACAUGGAAGCCAGUUCCUGAGCUUCUCUCAAGGUUUACACCAUUGGUGAAAAGACCCUGGGCUGGGUAGAGCUGCGGUCCAUCCAUGGAGUUCGUGGGGAGGGAAGGAGCCCAAUGUCCUAAGGUUGAUGUCAGACCACAGCACAGCCUUCCUCCUGGUGGGCUGAUUGGCACAAGCACCCCAUUUAGAGCUUUAGGGACUGGGCUUCGUGGUGGUAGCAGGGCAGCCAAGUGAGCAACUAACUGGGAGGUCUUGUACUCACAUGCACUCGGUGGACCCAGGGUGCUCUGUCCCUGUGCCCAUGCGGCUGAUGCUCAGUGCUCUGUCCCCAUGCCCAUCUGGCUGAUGCUCACAUUCUUCCUUCCUUCAGUGUUCCACCUGUCCAGGAAGGUGACCUCCGUCGUGCCGGAGAGCUGCCUCCUCAUCCUGCUGGGGCUGGGCCUGGGCGGCAUUGUGUUGGCCGUGGCCAAGAAACCCAAAUACCAGCUGGAGCCCAACAUGUUCUUCCUGUUCCUCCUGCCCCCCAUCGUCCUGGACUCGGGCUACUUCAUGCCCAGCCGCUUGUUCUUCGACAACAUCGGUGCCAUCCUCACCUACGCGGUUGUGGGCACGCUCUGGAACUCCUUCACCACCGGCACGGCGCUCUGGGGCCUGCACCAGGCAGGGCUGAUGGCAGAUCCAGGCGUGGAAGCUGGGCUGAUGGAUUUCCUGCUCUUCGGCAGCCUCAUCUCGGCUGUGGACCCUGUGGCAGUGUUGGCAGUUUUUGAAGAGGUCCAUGUAAACGAGACCCUCUUCAUCAUUGUGUUUGGCGAGUCCCUCCUGAAUGAUGCUGUCACUGUGGUGCUGUACAAGGUCUUCAACUCUUUUGUGGAGCUUGGCCCAGCACACAUCCAUGCCACGGACUACGUGAAGGGGGUAGCUUCCUUCUUUCUGGUGAGUCUGGGGGGCACGGCCGUGGGGCUGCUCUUCGCCUUCCUUCUGGCCCUCAUCACACGGUUCACCAAACGUGUGCGCAUCAUCGAGCCGCUCUUUGUCUUCCUUCUGGCCUAUGUUGCCUACCUGGCUGCUGAGAUGGUCUCGCUCUCCGCCAUCCUGGCAGUCACCUUCUGUGGGAUCUGCUGCAAGAAGUACGUGGAAGCCAACAUCUCCCAGAAAUCCCGCACCACGGUCAAGUACACCAUGAAGACGCUGGCCAGCAGCUCAGAGACCAUCAUCUUCAUGUUUCUGGGCAUGUCAGCUGUGGACACUUCCAAGUGGACAUGGGACACCGCGCUGGUGCUGGGCACCCUGUUCUUCAUCCUGCUCUUCAGAGCUGUGGGUGUUGUCCUCCAGACCUACGUCCUCAACCACUUCCGCCUCAUCCCCCUGGACAGGAUUGACCAGGUGGUCAUGUCAUACGGCGGCCUCCGUGGAGCCGUCGCCUUCGCCCUGGUCAUCCUGCUGGACAAGGCAAAGGUGAAAGCCAAGGACUACUUUGUGGCAACGACCAUCGUGGUGGUGUUCUUCACUGUCAUCGUGCAGGGCCUCACCAUCAAACCACUGGUGACGUGGCUGAAGGUGAAACGCAGCGACCACCACAAACCCACACUGAAUGAGGAGCUACAUGAGCAUGCCUUUGACCACAUCCUGGCAGCAGUGGAGGACAUCGUGGGACACCAUGGCUACCACUACUGGCGGGACAAGUGGGAGCAGUUUGACAAAAAGUACCUGAGCCAGCUCCUGAUGAGGAAAUCUGCCUACAAGCUGCGGGAUGAGAUCUGGGAUGUCUACUACAAGCUGAACAUCCGCGAUGCCAUCAGCUUUGUGGACCAGGGUGGCCACGUGCUGUCAGCUGCCAAGCUGGCGCUGCCCUCCAUGCCCAGCCGCACGUCCAUGUCAGAGUCGUCGGUUACAAACCUGCUGAGGGAGAGCGGGAGUGGUGCCUGCCUGGACCUGCAGGUGAUCGACACGGUGCGGAGCCGGCGGGACAAGGAGGAUGCAGCCAUGCACCACGUGCUGCGUGGGAGCCUCUACAAGCCCCGGCGGCGGUACAAGGCCAGCUACAGCCGUCACUUCAUCUCUCCAGAUAAACAAGAACGCCAAGAUAAAGAAAUCUUCCGGCAGAACAUGAAGAGGCGCCUGGAGACGUUCAAGUCCACCAAGCACAACGUCUGCUCCUCUAAGAGCAAAGCCAGGCUGAAGGAAAAGGGCAGGAAAAAGAAAAACAUCUCUCUGCCCAGCGAUGCACCCAAUGGGAGGACGCACAGAAACGUCCCCUGGCAGGAGGCGGCUCCCGUGCUGGUGACGGUCAGCUCUGAUGAGGAGGAGAGCGAUAGCUCAGAGACAGAGAGAGAGGAUGAUGAAGGGAUCGUGUUCAUCGCUCGUGCCACCGAUGAGGUCCUGCAGGGAAGGACAACCACAGGCAGCUUGGACGUCUGCCCCAGCCCCUGCAUCAUCCCGCCAUCACCCACCUUGGCAGAGAAGGAGCUGCCAUGGAAAGGAGACCAGGCUGACCUGGCUGUUUACGUCUCCUCGGAGACCACCAAAAUCGUGCCGGUGGAUAUGCAGAAAGCAUGGAACCAAAGCAUCUCCUCCCUGGAGAGCAUCGCCUCUCCUCCAGGCAUCGAGACAGGAACACAGCACAGGAGGUUUGCCCGCCCCAUGCUGGAGAAGCAGCCGCAGUCAGCAAGCCAGGCGACGCCGGAGCAGGUCUCACGUUUCCAGUUCCCCAGCCAUAUAUCCAAGAGCAGCAGGUCGAAGAGCGACAGCAGCCCCGAGGGUGUGGAGCAGCAGGAGCUGCAGCCCCUGAUGGGCACAGAGGAGCAGGGCAGGGGGCUGCCCCCGGCUGAGCACCGGCGGCUCGCGUUCAGCAGAGCCAGCCACAUCUGAAACACACGGCGUGUGGGGCAGGCUGCCACCCACCAGCUGCUCCAUCGUUGUACUUCGUGAAGCUUCUGCGUGUCUCCUCCAACUCCAGGAGCAGCCGGAGAGCUUUGGGGCUUUGCUCAUGCUGAUGCGAGGCUGGUAGACAGAUGGGCAUGAUGCUGCGAGAGCAGGCACCAGUCCCAUCCACCCAGGGGGCACAGACCCCACAUCUGGCUCUCUUGUUCUUUGGUCUUUGUCUCCUGUAUCGCAGCACUGGGAGGCCAGAGGUGUUCCUCCCAGAGGUGGUCUUGAUGCCACUGUGGCUGUGCCAGCAUGAGGUUUGGGGUUCUGGCUGAUGGGCUCCUCCAGCUGACCCUCCAGCCUCUUCAGGAGGCUGCUGCACAACAGCCCAUCCCCACCCAGCCUCUGGCUUCCAGGAACUGGGUUGCUCAGAGCGCGUUGGGAGAGCAGAGAUCAGCCCCCUUCCACGGCAGCUCCGUCCCCUGGGUUCUGGAGGCACUGCAGAAGCAAAGCCAUGACCUUCUCAGGACUGAGGUUUGGCUCCACCGGGAGCCAGGCUGCAUACGCACAGGGACACUUCUGGCACUCGUUUGGCUGUGCCAGCCCCACACUGCUCACCCAGGUGUGCUCCCCAUGGCUGCAGCAUUCUGUUUUCUGGCUUUACUAGGAGACAGCAGCCCUGCAUGGCACCCUUCAUUCUGCCUGCAUCCCAGUCCCUCUAGUUGCCCAGGGCUCGUCACCUGGGAAGGCACCAAGGGGAGCAGCAGGGCUGAAUGGUAAAGCAGGAACAGGGGAGAUGGUGAGAGCAGAUGGGUGAGAGCUGAGUGCAUCUGCAAAGCUCUGCCCCGGCACCUGCCCCCCAGCCACCCAAAAGGGACCCCAGGAUCUUGUUCCCCAAGAUCUGCUCAGAGCUCGGUGUAGUUGGAGUGGGGAUGCUCCAAUUUGGGCUGCUAACACCUAACAGCAAGCACAUGGCUGCCCAUUGCAGCUCCCUGGGGUGCUGGGUCUGCAGGCAUCGGGAUGCUUCGAUGCACUGGGUGAAUGAGCCCAGCAUGGGUCGGGCAAGGCGGCGGCACCCGGUACUGCUAGCAAGGCCGUUCUGCUCUGUACCUGCCCUGCCAACUGGAGCAUGAGGUUUUUAAAAGGUUUUUAUAUAGUUUUGCAUUUCUUGUAUGCCUUAUUCCAGUUUUGAUUUCUGAUAUUGGGCCAUACUAAAUCUCUAGCUGGGUCAGUGUUUUUUCUGUAGCUGUGGGCACCACGAACAACUCCAGACUUAGUAUCUUAUUUGCAAGAAUAUUGUUUUAAUGUGAAACUAUAUGCAGAGUAUUUUGUAAUGUUCAAUAAAUCAGAGUUGGAGCAGGUG